AGUUUAACUCUGCACAUGAGGAUUCACACUGGUGAAAAGCCGUUUUCAUGUGUGAACUGUGGAAAAAGUUUUAGUGAAAAAACGGCAUUAACUCAGCACAUGAGGAUUCACUCUGGUGAAAAGCCGUUUUCAUGUGUGAACUGUGGAAAAAGUUUUAGUCAAAAACAGAAUUUAACUCAGCACAUGAGGAUUCACACUGGUGAAAAGCCGUUUUCAUGUGUGAACUGUGGAAAAAGUUUUAGUGAAAAAACGGCAUUAACUCAGCACAUGAGGAUUCACACUGGUGAAAAGCCGUUUUCAUGUGGGAACUGUGGAAAAAGUUUCGGUCGAAAAGAGUAUUUAACUCAGCACAUGAGGAUUCACUCUGGUGAAAAGCCGUUUUUAUGUGUGAACUGUGGAAAAAGUUUUAGUGAAAAACAGAAUUUAACUAAGCACAUGAGGAUUCACACUGGUGAAAAGCCGUUUUCAUGUGUGAACUGUGGAAAAAGUUUUAGACAUAAAUAUAGUUUAACUCUGCACAUGAGGAUUCACACUGGUGAAAAGCCGUUUUCAUGUGUGAACUGUGGAAGAAGUUUUAGUGAAAAACAGAAUUUAACUAAGCACAUGAGGAUUCACACUGGUGAAAAGCCGUUUUCAUGUGUGAACUGUGGAAAAAGUUUUAGUCAAAAACAGGAUUUAACUCAGCACAUGAUGAUUCACUCUGGUGAAAAGCCGUUUUCAUGUGAGAACUGUGGAAAAAGUUUUAGUCAAAAACAGAAUUUAAGUCGGCACAUGAGGAUUCACACUGGUGAAAAGCCGUUUUCAUGUGUGAACUGUGGAAAAGGUUUUAGACAUGAACAGCAUUUAACUCAGCACAUGAGGAUUCACACUGGUGAAAAGCCGUUUUCAUGUGUGAACUGUGGAAAAAGUUUUAGUCAAAAACAGGAUUUAACUCGGCACAUGAUGAUUCACACUGGUGAAAAGCCAUUUUCAUGUGGGAACUGUGGAAAAAGUUUUAGACAUAAACUGGAUUUAACUCGGCACAUGAGGAUUCACACUGGUGAAAAGCCGUUUUCAUGUGUGAACUGUGGAAAAAGUUUUAGUCGUAAACAGCAUUUAACUAAGCACAUGAUGAUUCACACUGGUGAAAAGCCAUUUUCAUGUGUGAACUGUGGAAAAAGUUUUAGUGAAAAACAGAAUUUAACUAAGCACAUGAGUAUUCACACUGGUGAAAAGCCGUUUUCAUGUGUGAACUGUGGAAAAAGUUUUAGUCAAAAACAGAAUUUAACUCGGCACAUGAGGAUUCACACUGGUGAAAAGCUGUAGAAGUAUUUUCCGUACAUGUCCUAUGUUGAGGUUCACUAUAGAUUUGAUUUUGUUAAAAACUAGAAUGAAA